AUGCCUCCUCGUAGGGCAGCUGCCGCAAAGGCACGCGACUCGGUCGCAUCCACUGCUUCAUCUGGAUCGUCUUCAUCGGUCUCUCCUACGAUGCACGUCAAGUCCACACGGUCGUCACGCACUUCCACAGCCACCAAAUCCAAAUCAUCCAAAACAGCAACAUCUUCCAGAUCCAGAGGACGCAUUCAAGACUCGGAAGAUGAAGACGACAGCGAACAAGACCAACAAAGUGAAGAGGAGCACGAGGACGAAGAGGAGGAGGACGACGACGAAGACAAAGAGCCCGACACUCCUGUCAAGCCUGCUUCCAGAUCAAAAGCAGCGGCCAAAACAGGCGCCAAGCCGGCUUCGCGCACCUCUGCGGCACGCUCCAGAUCCGUCGCCAAAGUCACCCCGCCUCCGACCAAGCCAUCCAAGUCGCGCGCAAAGAAGGUGAUCGAAAGCGAGGAUGAAGAUGAAGAUGAGGAAGAUCAGGAGCAAGUCGACGAGUCGCUCAGUCUUGCUCACGAUCAAGACGACGCAGACGACUUGCCCUCGCCCACCGCUCUUCGCCGCUCAAAGACCGCCAAAGCGUCAUCUAUGACCAAGUCAAAGGCCGCUCCAGUCAAGCAGGAAGAGCACUCGGACGAGGAACAGGACCUUGACUCCGACGGCUCCGAACUCUCGUUCAAAGAGGCGCGCUCAUCUACUCCCGAGCCCAAGGACGCCGCCUCUUCCGGCUCUGACGUUCCCCAGACUCCCUCCUCAAGCUUGCUCAAACAGAUCGCGACCCCCGCAAAGCCCGCCCCGCCUGCCGGCCCACUCAAGCGUCUCGUCAUUCACAAGAUGGUCCUCAACGAUUUCAAGUCCUACGCCGGCCGCCAGGAGAUCGGUCCCUUCCACAAGUCCUUUUCCAGUGUCGUCGGGCCCAACGGAAGCGGAAAGAGCAACGUCAUCGACUCGCUCCUCUUCGUCUUUGGUUGGAGGGCAACAAAAAUGCGCCAGGGCAAGCUCAGCGAGCUCAUCCACAACUCGGCCGGCAAGGAGAAUCUCCCCCAGUGCAGCGUCGAGGUCUGGUUCCGAGAGAUCAUCGACCUGCCCGGAGACGGCUUCAAGGUGGUGCCCGGCAGCAAGCUCAUCGUGUCGCGUACUGCAUAUCGCAACAACACCUCCCAGUACUUCAUCAACGCGCGCAAGUCUACGUUCACCGAGUGCACCACCCUCCUCAAGGCCAAAGGUAUCGAUCUCGACCACAAGCGUUUCCUCAUUCUGCAAGGCGAGGUCGAAUCCAUCGCUCAGAUGCCUCCGCGUGCCAAGAACGAGCACGAAGAGGGCCUCCUCGAAUACCUCGAGGACAUCAUCGGCACCAGCUGCUUCAAGACCCCUAUCGAGGAGCAGGCCAAGCUGGUCGACGAAGCAAACGAGAAGAGGGCAGAAAAGCUCGGUCGUCUCAAGAUCGUCCAGAAGGAGAAGGAUGCCCUCGAGGCCAAGAAGCGCGAAGCAGAGCAGUACCUCCGCGACCAGAACGAGCUGGCUCGACGUCAUUCGGCGCUGUGGCAAGUCUACAGGCUCGAAAGUAGGGACAACAUCAAGGUCGCUACCAUCGCCAUCGAGAAGUACACAGCACAGCUCAAGCAAGAGACCGAGAAGCAUUCCGGCUCCAGAGCCGAGAUCCAAGAGCUCGAAUCCAGCUACAAGGCCCUCGUCAAGGAGUUUGAGAGCAUCGCUCGCAGCACCGAAAAGGUCGCCAAGGAGCUCGCCAAAUACGAGAAGGAGGAUGUGCAGCUGCAGGAGAAGCGCAAGCAUCUCGAGUCCAAGAAGAAGAAGCUGGCAAAGUCGAUCGCAGAAGAUCGUCACGCUGCAUCAGAGGCAAGGGCGACCGCCUCCGACUCGGCCCACAAGAUCGAAAAGGAACAAGCUGAAGUGGGCAAGCUCGAAGCCUCGCUCGAGCGCGAAGAAGCUCAGCUCGAAAAGAUUCGCGACUCGCUCAAGGGCAAGACCGAGAAGUUCAGCCGCGCCAUCGAGCAAAAGCAGCGCGAGCUUCAGCCCUGGACCGCCAAGAUCAGCGACAAGACAGCUGCGAAGAACGUCGCUCAAGAAGAGCGCGAUCUCCUCGCCAGCCGCGGCGCUCAAGUCGAAAACAGCAUCGCCGAGGCCAAGGAGGCGCUCCGCAACCUCGACAUCGACAACGAGACCAAGAACGACGAGGUCGCGAGCCUGAAUCAGGAACGUCGUGACCUCGACAAGAAGACCGCGUCCUGUCAGAAACAGCUCGACGAGAUGAAGCAGCAAGAAGCGGUUCUUCGCAGCAAGGUCGCCUCGGCGCGCUCCAAGGCUGACGAGGCCAAAGCGACCGUCAGUGCUUGUCGAUCGCGAGGCGACGUGCUUUCGAGCCUCACCCGUCAAGCCGACCUUGGUAUGAUCAAGGGCUUCCACGGUCGUCUUGGCAAUCUCGGUGUCAUUGACGACAAGUACGACGUAGCCAUCAGCACCGCCUGCCCCGGCCUCAACAACAUUGUCGUCGACUCGGUCGAUUGUGGUCAGGCAUGCAUUGAGCAUCUGCGCAAGAACAACCUCGGACGUGCCAACUUUGUUCUGCUCAACAGCCUCGGCAUCAGUGCUGCCGCCCUCCAGCCCAUCGAAACGCCCGAGAACGUCCCGCGACUCUUUGACCUUGUCAAGCCACGCGAGUCGCGCUUUGCGGCUGCGUUCUACCACCAGCUUCGCGAUACGCUCGUCGCCAAAGAUCUCGCCCAUGCCAACCGCAUCGCCUACGGUGCAAAGCGCUGGCGUGUCGUUACGCUCGACGGCCAGCUCAUCGACAAGAGCGGUACCAUGUCGGGAGGUGGCAACAAGGUCUCUAGAGGGGCUAUGAGCUCCAAGUUCGCCGCCGACGAGGUUUCGCCCGAGCAGCUGCAACGCAUGGAGCGCGAUCGCGACUCGCUCGAGGACUCGUUGCGUGGCCACAUUGCAUCGAUCAAGACGGUCGAGUCUCUGCUCGAGGGUCACCGCGCUCGGGCACCGCAGAUCGAGGUCGCUCUUGACAAGAUCCGCAUGGACCUCGAGAGCGGAGAGCAACGUGUCACGGAAGCCAAGAGGCGUGUCGCUGAGCUCAAGGCCCAGAGCAAACCGGACGCGGACGAUGCUUCGCGAAUCGCCGAGCUCGACGCUCAGAUCGCCUCUCUCGAUAAGGAGCUCGCAAAACUUACCGAGAAGAGCAAAGCCAUCGAGAUCGAUAUCGAGAGCCUCCAAGAAAAGAUCCUCGAAGCCGGCGGUGUCGAACUUCGGACGCAGAACAGCAAGGUCGACAGCAUCAAGGAGAAGAUUGAGCUUUCUUCUGAACUGACCACCAAGGCGGAGGUGGCCAAGUCCAAGGCCGAAAAGGAUGUCAUCAAGCUGGAAAAGUCGCUCGAGAAGAAUGAGGCGCAGUGCGAGGAGCUCGAUGGCGAGCUCGAACAGUUGCGCGAACAAAUCUCGAGCAAUUCUCAGGCUGCUGACGCCAUCCGCUCCAAGGUUGAGGACGCACAGCACCUCAUGGACUCCAAAGCGGAAGAGCGAGACGAGAUCAAGUCGCAGCUCGACGAAUGCUCCGAAUCAGCCAAUGCUUUCCGCGCGCUUGAGAUGGAGAUCAAGCAGAACCUCGAGGACAACGAACGGUUCCGAAAGGAGCACGAGGUGCAGGCCAAGCACUUGGAGGAGAAGCUAGCUGGCUUGACGCUCCAUCACGUUGACGGAGACGACGAGAGCGACGACGAAGGCGACCAUGAACAAGCCAACGACGAGGAUGACAGUCAAGACGGCUCUGUCAAGAGGACCAAAUCGUCGAAGAAGCGAUCCACGGGGGCGGAUGCGGACAUUCUCGAAGCAUCCCCCGACGAGCUCUUCGAGUAUCCCGAGGACGAGCUGCGCGAGAUGGACAAGAUCGCACUCCAGCGCGCCAUCACUGUGUAUGGUGAAAAGGUCGACAAUGGCUCGGCCAACAUGUCGGUGCUCGCUGAGUACCGCAAGCGCGAAGGCGAGUUCCUAUCCCGAGCCAAGGACCUUGAAGCGACAACGCAGGAACGUGACGCGGCCAAGCAGCGAUAUGACGACCUGCGCAAGCAGCGCCUGGAAAAUUUCAUGGCGGGCUUCAGCGUCAUCUCGUCCAAGCUGAAAGAGAUGUACCAGACCAUCACUCUCGGAGGCAACGCCGAGCUCGAGCUGGUCGACUCGCUAGAUCCUUUCGCCGAGGGCAUCCUGUUUUCGGUGAUGCCGCCGAAAAAGUCGUGGAAGAACAUCUCGAACCUUUCGGGUGGUGAAAAGACGCUGUCAUCCUUGGCGCUGGUGUUCGCGCUGCACGCCUACAAGCCGACGCCAGUGUACGUGAUGGACGAGAUCGACGCUGCGCUCGACUUCCGCAACGUGUCGAUCGUGGCCAACUUGAUCAAGGAGCGUACCAAGGGCGGUCAGUUUAUCAUCAUCUCGUUGCGGAACAACAUGUUCGAGCUGUCGUCGCGUCUGAUUGGCGUGUACAAGACGGCCAACUGCACCAAGUCGCUCACCAUCGACAACACGGAGCUGCUUGCACCUCCGCCUGCCCCCGCUGUGGCUGCCACGCCGCACUCUCGACCGAGUAUGGCGACGAUUCCCGGGUCUCCCGCGGCGACGCCGUUGCAUCGUUCGCAGCAGGCGCAGAUGGUGGCAGCGACUCCUCGGCCUGGCGGACACGGCAUGUAUCCACCCAAGACGCCAUCGGCAAGCGCUUCGGUGAACCCUGGCUCUUCUCUGAACUUGCAGGCUCUCAUGACGCCGGCGAUUGGCAAGACGCCGUCGUCGGUGCUGCAGAGAUCGAGGAUGCACAAUUCGUUCGCUUCGACCAACUUCCUGGCGGAAAAGGCGAAGGGAAUCAAAGGGCCUGCGCUCGGGGCCGCGGCGGGUAAGAGGAGCGUAUCACAGACGCUUUUGGAAACGCCUACUCAGGCGACGGUUCAGGCGCAGACGCAGCGAGGGUGA